CCAGUGAUUCCUGGCAGGGUAUAUUUACCCUCCUUCAGCUCUCGGGUGUGGUGACUCCCAUCUGCUGUGGGAGGCUUUCCUCUUGCCUUAUGGCUCACGGAUCUGUGGAGGUGCUGUAAGAAACAGAGGCUAAAGACGCCAUCUGCUCUCAGUUACACAGUGACAGUCUGCUGAGCCACGUCCAAGAUGCUUCUCUGUGAGUUACAACAGCAGGUUUAACAGAGUUGGAAGGAAAAGGAGGCAGAAUCUGGACGUGGAUCUGACUUCACUUUGCGGUUGCUGAUGUUGAGCUGAGUCACUGCAGUCAGCAGAUCCUCAGAAAACUUCACAUUUCCAUGACUUUGUGGAUUUUUUCCUCCUCUCAUUGGCUGCACUGGGUGACUAACUACCAGUUCCACUUUUAGAUUUGGGAAAUGAGUCGUCUGGUAAAAAAUGAAGGAGCUGCUGAAACAGUGAAAGGAUACAUUUAUCUCUUUUCCGCACACUGGAGCAGAAACAGGUCGGAUUUUUAAUAUAUAAUAUUUUUUGGAUUAAUUUAUUGCAGACGCUGCAUGAUGUUGGCACGAUUUAUACAAGGUAGUGCAUGCCAAAACGCCAACAGCACCUUUUCAAAUAGCAUUUUCUUAAUGGAAGACAACAUAAAGAUGCACUUAUUUGUCAGAUAUUAGGAGUAUAAACACCAACCACAGUGUUGAUAGCAGCAAAUGGAGAAGCAAAAGGCCAUUCUCAAAUUUUUCAGGACGUUUUCAGAUGAGCAGAAUGAGGAGGUAAUGCGGGAGCUGACUUAUGAUCCAAAGGGAAGUGGGGACAUUGACUUUAAACAUGCUGUUGAGCACAGUAGAGAUCCCUUGUUUUAUGUUAUAUUACCUUGUGAAGGAGAGAUGACAACCUCUGACAAAAUAGAACAGCAGAAGAGUGAUUUUAACCAACGAGAGCAGCAAAGCGAGGCUGGAAAUGUCUCUGAAAUGCCAGAAAAACACAAUGGCAAAGUUAAUGCCUGUCUCAUAACAGAAAAGUCACUGGAUGAAAGUGACUUGAAUGUAUCUCUGCAGUUCAAAUGUCAACACAUUUCUACUGAAUGCACAAAUACAGCCUGUGAUUGUGUCUCAGAAAAUGGUUUCAAUCACAGCAACACUGAAGAAAGCAAACAGGAUGUAAACAAAGAUGCUGAAUUGAAUAAUCUGCAAUAUGCAGAUUUGCAGGAGGAUCUUGUCACAAGUUUUUACAGUUCAGAUGUACAUUUUGACUCUUGGACUGGACCAUCUGAUGAAGAAGAAACUGAACCAUCACAGGUGGAAGCUGGAGAACAUACCGGUGAGCACAACAAAGAAGACGCAGAGAAAAUAACCAAUCAGCUCCACCAACACCCUCAAAGCCUUACAGACAAUACACCACACUUAAACAUAUCAGCAUUCCCGGUCAACAGCCCUCCACCUGGAUCCACUUUGACCAGAGCCACUUUCUCUUCAGGCUUCCCUACAGACAAGCAGAUCCACCUCCCUGCCCUCUUCAGCGGCCUGAGGGUCCUGAGGAAAGGAGUGGUCGGGCCCGGCCAUGACACUGUGUCCCAGAUCAAACCUCCAUCUAUGAAGACAAUUACCCCAGACAAGCAGGAGGACGUGCAGGUUCAGGGAAGUUUCCUAGACCAGAUCUCCCAGUUCCUUAUUCGGGAAAAGAGAGGAAAUAAGAAAGAGGAGAGGAAGGAGAUGGAGAACGAGGGCGAUCAGGAUGAAACCGGAGUGACGGAUGAGUGCGAGGAAAGUCAAAAUACUCCUGAGGAGGACGACAGUUUAGAAAGUUCAGGGUCGUUCGUUCUGCUGCCUAAAUCUCCAGUGUCCAGUGCAGAAGCAGCGUUUGAUGCCUUCAAGGCUUUUUUCACCCCAAGGCCUCUGAAGAAGGAUCCAGCAGAUAAGAUGGACUUGGAAGCAAUAUGGAAGAAAAUAAGAACUGAUAAAGAUGGGUUAAGAACCACCUUUGAGAACUCUACUAAGACGACAGAGAAGAAAGAAUCAGCUGAUGGAAAAUUGGACGUUUCCCCACCAGGAGAUGGAGAGGAACGAACUCCUGGUCGUUUACAAGCCGUUUGGCCUCCGGUCAAAGAGGAAAAAGUUGGCCUCAAGUAUACAGAAGCAGAGCAUCAGGCCGCUCUGCUGCAGCUGAAGAGAGAAUGUAAAGAGGAGCUGGAGAAGUUACAGGAGGAAUUUGUUCAGGAACUUUCCAGACUACAUGUGGAAAACGAGGACAAUGUCUCCCGUCUGGAGUUCACUCUGUCCGAGCUGCAGGCCAAACUCUCCCAGGUUGGGACUCACUGUAGAGGGGAGCUGAAAGAUGUCGCUGUGUCCACUGGAGACGAAUACUUACUAAAAUCUUUCCGCACCGUUUGCAUCCAGACGGACAGAGAGACAUUUAUCAAAACCCCGGAUGAUGGAGAGGGGACAGGGAGGACAUGCAUGAGUCCUCAGCAGCAGCAGAAGGUGUCCCCCAAAAAACUGGACCUCGCGUCCAUCAGCCUCAGCCUGGCAGGUCAUCGGGACAAUUCAGUGUCCUCCAUUUCAUCACCUGUCCCCUCAUCCCAAACGCUUCUUCCUCCUGGAGUCACAGAACAACCACCGGCCCCGACAAACAAAACACACAAUCUCCCUCCACCUCCUCCACCACCACCACCCCUGCCUUGUUUGUCAUCACCUCCAAACUACACCCACACAUCAAAUAUCUCUCCACCACCUCCUCCUCCACCCCCUCCACCCAUGCCUGGCUUAGCUCCCCCACCUCUUCCUCCUCCAGGUGGGACUUUCAUAUUGGACAACCCUCCACGGAAAUCAGCAGUGGAGCCAACACGACCCAUGAAGCCUCUUUACUGGAGCAGAAUCCAGAUCCAGGACAACAACUGCAACACAAUGUGGAAUGUUUUAGAGGAGCCAAAGAUAAUCAACACCAAUGCAUUUGAGGAUCUCUUUGCAAAAAUCACCACUCACACCAAGAGAAAACCGCUGUCUGAGGCUUAUGAGAAGAAAGCCAAAUCCAGGAAGAUCAUUAAGUUGCUGGAUGGUAAGCGCUCUCAGGCCGUGGGCAUCCUCAUAUCCAGCCUCCACCUGGAGAUGAAAGAUAUACAACAAGCUGUACUGAGUGUGGACCACUCUGUGGUGGACCUGGAGACCAUUGAAGCACUUUAUGAAAACAGAGCGCAGCCCGAGGAGCUGGAGCGGAUCAAGAAACACUACGAGACGUCGGCGGAAGAGGAAGUGAAGCUCCUGGACAAACCUGAACAGUUCCUGUAUGAGCUUUCCCAGAUACCAGACUUUGCAGGACGAGCUCACUGCGUCAUCUUCAAGUCAUCGUUCACUGAUAUGAUCGUGUCCGUUCAAAGCAAGCUCAACACAGUCUCCUCUGUCUGUAAGGCGCUGCUGGACAGCAACGACGUCCGGGAGGUGAUGGGACUGGUGCUGGCUCUGGGGAACCACAUGAACGGAGGCAGCAGGACCAGAGGUCAGGCUGACGGUUUUGGCCUGGAGAUCCUCCCUAAACUCAAGGACGUCAAGAGCAGAGACAAUCGUAUCAGCCUGGUGGACUUUGUGGUGUCGUACUACCUGCACAACGUGGACAAGAGCGCCGGCACAGAGAAAAGUGUCUUCCCUCUUCCUGAACCUCAGGACGUCUUCCUGGCAGCACAGGUCAAGUUCGACGACCUGAGCAGAGACCUGAAACAGCUCGCGCGAGAUCUAGCAAGUUGUGAGAGAAGCGUGCAGAGGGUUUGCUCCGACUCUCCUGACGAGCACCUGCAGCCGUUUAAAGACAAGAUGGAGGCUUUUGUUGUCAGUGCACGAAAAGAACACACCGAAGCUUCCUAUCAGCUCAUGACUGUGCAAAAAAGUUUCCAGGAUUUGGUUCUGUAUUUUGGACUGAAGCCAAAGACCGGGGAGACGGAUGUGACAAGCGGCCAUUUCUUCAUGCUCUGGUUUGAGUUUUGUGCCGACUUCAAAGCCAGGUGGAAGAAGGAGAACAAGAGUAUCUCUAAAGAGAGACUAAAGGAGGCUCAGCUGUCAGUGAAGAGAAUCACGGCGGAGAAGAAAGUCGAGACGAGAAAGAUCAACCCCAACAGCCUGAAAGACCGACUGCGUCAGAAACAGGCCAACGUGUCUUCGACUUAAGAGACAUCACCUGUCCCAGGUUGGACCAUGAUAUCGGCUCCAGCUCUCACAUUAUACGCUCUCAUAUUCAGUGACGCUAUCACUUUAUUCCAGCUCAUAUUACCUUUUUUAUCAAUGUUGUUGUUUGUAAAAUGUUACCAAACCCACAUUUCCUUUGUAAUCGUUUACCUUUUUUUUCUUUCUUUUUUUUAAUGGAAUUCAUUUGUUGCUUAAACUGCUAAAAAAAUACUUGUUUAAAUCCAAAAAGAUUGAAGCAAACAUUAGAUCUGUGUAUAGAUGAUGACAUUGCUCUUAAUUUUGCAUGUGUCAUUGCGACUCACUGUAUUUUCCACUAAUAAAAGCACUGAAGGUUGAUGUAAUA